AUGACUUCAUUUUCGAAUAUGCAGGCCCUCCGUCCUGCUAUGGAUACAUAUGGGCCCUAUGCAUCCGAAGAAGCUACGAAUUAUCCACCAGUUGAAGUUAUCCACCCGUCGAUGCUAAUAGAUGGAGGCACAUUCAAAUAUUCUUAUCCAAAUGAACCAAAGGACUGGCUGCAACGUUGUCUCAAUGACCACAACGCGUGCAAUAAUAGGAUCAAGCCUAGUUUCGAGGCAUUCCUACCAGAACGCCUCAUCGAUGUUGGCAGUGCUAUAGAACCCCUGGCACCUCGUUUAGUCAUCACCAAUGAAUUCAAAAUGUCAAGAGAUACAUAG